AGCUCACCUUUUUUGCGUUCGAAUCUUUUAGCUCACGCUGCUGCACUAAAUUCGUCACUCUGCUGUCUGCUAAACGAGCUUAAAAGGAUUUUUCUUCUGCAGGAAUUAUCUCUAGAACAUGGUGCUCACGAAGGAGUAUCGGAUAUGCAUGCCACUAACCGUGGAGGAGUACAAAGUGGGCCAGCUGUACAUGAUAGCACGGCACAGCCUGGAGCAGUCGGAAAAAGGCGAAGGGGUCGAAGUUGUGGAGAAUUCUCCCUGCGAGAGUGAGGAGCACGGCAAAGGACAGUUCACUGAAAAGAGAAUCCACCUUUCUAGCAAACUGCCUUACUGGGUCCAAUCAAUGAUUCCACGCUUGUUUUACGUCACUGAGAAGGCUUGGAAUUACUACCCCUACACGGAAACCGAGUAUACCUGCUCGUUUUUGCCCAAGUUCAACAUUUUCAUCAAAACUAGAUUCGAAGAUAAUGCGGGGACCUCUGAAAAUUGCCUGGGAGUGUCUGAGGAGGAUUUAGCAAACCGUCAAGUAGAGUUCGUAGAUAUAGCAUUUGAUGAAGUUGUGGCCAAACAUUACAAAGAGGAAGAGGACCCAAAAUUGUACAAAUCAGAGAAGACCGGACGAGGUGUUUUGAUUGAGGGCUGGAAAGAGCACACAAAUCCCAUCAUGUGCUCGUACAAGCUAGUCAACGCCAGUUUUGAGGUUUGGGGAUUGCAGACUAGAGUCGAAGAUUGGAUUCACAAGGCGAUCCGAGAUAUUUUGCUGCUCGGCCAUCGGCAGGCGUUUGCGUGGAUGGACGAGUGGCACGGAAUGAGCCUCGAUGACGUGCGCGAGUAUGAGAAGAAGGUCCAGGAGGAGACCAAUACUAAGGUUUUGCAAGAUCUCGGAUUGAUAGAAGCUGCCGCAGUAAAGGCUGCUGGAGAAGAAGAGGACGAUGGGGAACCAAGUAAAGAAGGAGCCAUUGUGGCAAAGGAGGGGGAAGCCACAUCUCCAACUCCAAACUCGCAAAAAUCUUGGUUUUCGUGGUACUAGAGUUUCAAAAUCUGAUAUGUUGCGUUAGGCAAAUUGAAUUGACUGUUAGAUGAGACAGUGUGUAAUGAUCUUCUCACAUUAAGACUGCCCAGCCAUAGGCAUAUUGUGGCUACUUCAAAUGCACUUUAAUGGUCGGCAUUUAAAAGAUAAUCAAAGUGGCUCAACAAACGUUUUUCCUUUGUUACCGCGGCCACCGUUGUGAAAAUCUUUUACGUACUUUACAAAAUCUCGGUUGUUAUUAGACGCGCGCAUUUUGUGCCAAGUAUUUUAAUUUAUUUUGUUCCUGUUGAUGUUAUCCUGUUGCCAAAUUUGUUAACCUUGCCAUGCAUUGAUUCCUGGAGAGCACGCUGUGUAAGUCAAUUAUACAGAAUAAAUAAAGCAAUUAGCCGUGA